GUGAGUGCCGCGUGACUCGUGAGUGCAUCACUUACAGUUUUGUUUUUGCUGCAUUUUAAUAUUAAUGAAAAACAAUAUUAAAUAACAUUAGUUUUGUUUCACGUAUUAAUUAAAUAAGCCACCAGCGAAAAGCAAAAAAAGUCGAUCCUUACAGAAACCAAAGACAGCAUGGAUACUUUACAGAGGAAGAUCCAAUAUUAUUCGAAACGGAAGUUUUUCCGAUUUGGUGUUCCGUUUAUGUUACUGAUGAUUGGGGGAUCUUUUGGCUUGAAGCAGUUUGCACAACUAAGAUACACCUUUUCCAAGAAAGGUUCAUUGACGGUCGAAGAGGCUGAAAAGCAUGGCCUGUUGAUGAAGAAGCCAGAGGAGGUCACACUGGAAAGCGAGUACGCAAAAGUGAGGGAUGUCGACAUUAACAAUUGGGAAAAUAUUCGUGGACCACGACCGUGGGAAGAAGAAACGUUGCAGGCGCCUCAAGCGGCGAACGUUGGCCAUUAGUUUUCUUUCAGCUCGUUAAACAAAUAAUCGGGAAUGCUGCUAUUCGUAAGCGUGUUUAUUUCCGAGAAAACGGGUUGUUUUAGUGUACAGAUAGAUACCUUAUAUUAAAUAUAUCAGUGCUCACAAUGCAA